CCCCCCACCCCAGACACCCUGGAUGCCAUCCCCAUUCCCCCACCCACCCUGGACCUCACCAACAUCCCCAUGCCGCCCGUCACCUUCACCAUCACCCCGCCAGCCCCCAUCCCCAGGCCCAAGAAGGACCCCCUGCCAAGACCCAAGCCCCCGGUCCCCCUUCCUCCCAUGGCAGCUGCCCCACUGCCCCCCUUAUCCGUCCCCUUGCCCUGCCCCACGCCUGCCCACAGGGAGGAGUCCCUACCAGCCUCGCCGCCCCGGGAGGUGCCCCCCAUCGGAGGGGCGCCGGUGUCCCCCGGGGGACAUGACAGCGACGACGACGAGCCCCCCGUCCUGCAUCCCCCGGCCCCCGAGCCCCGCCCCACCCACCACCAGCCACACCACCAUAUAGCCUUGGCUUCCUGCGGCCUUCACCCUGCUCAUGACACAUCAAUCCACGCCGGCCGGGACCUUACGCCUUCGAUCCCAGCCCGCCCCUACCACCACAGCCCGCACACCCUAGAGCGCCCCCCACAUGCUGGCCUCUUCCCUGCUUCACGGCCAGGCCAGAUGGCUACUCAGUGCGUGGCGGCCUCAGGGCGUGGCAGCUGCCACACCCCCGAGGGCUCCUCGCCCCCAGACCACUGCCACGGCCCACACACCCCAGAGCGCCCCCCACAUGCUGGCGGCUUCCCUGCUUCACCGCCAGGCCAGAUGGCUACUCAGGGUGUGGCGGCUGCCACACCCCCGAGGGCUCCCCGCCCCCAGACCACUGCCAGUACCACAGCCCCGUGGUGCAGUACCACAGCAGCAUCAGUCCUCCCUUCUCCCGCAGCCCCCGUGGAGCCCCGAUGGGGGCGCCGCGCCAGCCCCACAGGGUGGCGCAGUCCAUGCUACCAGCACCACCACCACCACCACUACACUGCCCCACCCCGCGACCGCUGGAGCCCCCAGCGCACCCCACGCCGUGUUACCCGUGUUACCCGCUCUCUGUUACCCUCUCCCCGGGGCGCCGCUCAUCACCCCCAGACCGCCGUGCCUCCCCGGAGCGGGGCCGCUCACCCCCCAGCCGCUCCCCACGCUACUCCCCGCGCCAUUCCCAUUCCCGGGGGGCUGAGGUCCCCCUGCCGCUCCCCCUCCCCACUGGGUGAGGUGUACCCCUACGAGCGGCGGGGCUGGGGCUGCGCAGCCAGGGAGUGGGAGGCUCUCACCACCACCAUCACAGCCCCAAGGCAGAGCAGAGAAAUAGGGAGGGCAAGGGCUAUGGGUACUCUCCCCCUGCGACAGUAUUUGAUGACCUCCACUGGGUUCCACAAGGGGGAGGAACAGCGAGUCUCUCCCCCCAGCCCGCUCCCCCUCCCCCAACACCCUCGAUGCCAAGUCUUUGGGUACUCUCCCAGCCGUGUCACAGCUGAUGAUGAUGAUGCCACCCCCACCCCCAGCCUGAGCCACCCUCCACCCACCCCAGCCCUCACCAAGCCUCCUCCAGUAACCCUCACCACCACCACCACCACCACCAGCGACGUAACACCCCACCCCACCCCUCCCCAGACCACAGAUCCCAGACUGUUGGAUGUGACGCCACAAGACACAGGGCUUCGUAACACCAGUGCACGGUGAUCAAGACAACACUGGACCAGAAAGACGCAAAGUACAGGGAACAACACAGUGCUUCUUCAUUUUAGGUGAGCCAGAAUGAGCUUGUUAAACUGAGCGGCCUCUUCAAGUACCACUGGAACUGUUCGUCAGAGGAGGAGGAGGAGGUAAGGGAGUGCGCCAAGACCCUUUACAGCGGUGCAAAGGAGUGGAGGGAGAUGAGGAGAAAUUUGAAAGAGAACAGAAGUAGAAUGACAUCAGAUAGCAGGAGUCCUUAGGAUUUAGCACAAUAAGAUCAAUAAUUCUCUUACAUGAGUGACCUAAAGUAAGGCAGUUUAGUCUGGCCUAACUUAACUGACCUACCUAUUUCUGUUAUGAGCUAAGAUAGGCUAUGUUAGGUUAUAUUAAAUUAUAUAAUUAUUAUUAUUUUUUCAUCAUUAUUAUUAAAGAAAGGAAAUAGAACCGAGAAAAUAAAGUUAAAAAUUAUUGUUA